AUGGCCAUCCUCAACCACGCCUUCGAGGCCGCUCACAUUGUCGCCCGCGCGACCAUCACGGCCUCUGCGACCAUCACCACCAGCCCGCAGACUGCCAUUCCCUCCAACACGAACAACAGCAAUAACAACAACAAGGGCGGCGGCUCUAGUUCUCCGCUGCUCUUCUUUGUUGCGCUGGGCUUUGGAGUUGUUUUUACAAACUUGUGGAUCAUCGUUGGCGUCAAGUACUGCUUUCGAUACAAUGCCCGUAACCGGGCACGCAUGACCAACGAAGAUGGCGAGCCCAUUACGCUCGAAAACAUGCCUCGCCCUCACCGUAGGAGACGUGAGAAGAAGCUCAUGACCAUGGACGAGGUCAACGACAAGUUCCCCAUGAUGAAGUACAAAACGUGGGUUUCGCAGCGAGCCCGGGAAGGACUACCCACUGCGGGAGGCGUCGGAACCCCCAGCCGGCCCAACAGCAUACACCACGCAGACGGAGCUAUCCCCGAUGUUGCUGCCAAAGAACGCACCUCCGCCGAAGUCAAGCCCGUUCAGGAAGACGCCUCUACCGCCACCAAGACUGAACAGGACAAGGAGAUUGCUGUAAAGGGAGAUGACGACAAGAAGGACACCACGACCGUCGCCGAAUCGCCCGAGGAUGGCCCCGUCACGCCCAUCCACAACCUGAAGCGGACCACGACUGAGGAGGAGGAGGAUGAAGAGGACGACGAAGAGGAUGACGAGCAGAUCAAUGCCGCCCUGCCGCCGGAGCUUCUCAACACAUCUGGCGACACCUGCGCCAUCUGCAUCGACACUCUCGAAGAUGACGAUGACGUCCGUGGCCUGACCUGUGGCCAUACUUUCCAUGCCGUCUGUGUCGACCCAUGGCUGACCAGCCGUCGCGCAUGCUGCCCGCUGUGCAAGGCCGACUACUACGUCCCGAAGCCCAGGCCCAACCCCGAGGGCGAUGCCGCCGCGGCUGGCAACAACGCCAACCUCGAUCCGCGCCAGAACUCCCGGAUGAACCUGCCCGUGGGCUUUCCCAGGACUUGGUUCCGCAGCUCAGGCAAUCGCAAUGACAACAGCCGCCACACCGACAACAGCUCGAGGGCCCCCUCCUCUCUGCUGCGAUUGCCAGGACGGCGACGAGCGCAGACGGCAGCAGUCAACGCGGCGACGGAAGCUCAGCAGAACCCAGCAGCUACCAAUGCCUCAGAGCCAGCCCGGCCAUCGCCUCCCACCACCAUGCUGUCGUCUGUCCGGCACGCUAUUCGCUUCGGACGGACUGUCGAGCCGCCUCCGAGGAUGAAUGCUACGGAGACGGUGACGCCUUCACAGCUGGAGUCGGGCACCCGGUAAACCGCCGCCGCUACUCUGAGCCAGCGUCCCAGCGUGUUGCCAGUGAUCUUUGGCGUUGCGGGUUUUUCUUUCGCGCUUGAUGCUCUUCUUUCCAGGCAGUGGCAUUUCUCUCUCAUUACCAACAUGUGUGUUGAGCAUACCCGUCAUGAAGCUCGAAUCAUAUCAAGCACCUGGUUUGGCAUCUCGCUCGCAUUAUGACAGCAUUUUUCUUCUUCUCUUUUUUAUCUGUUUUCCUGUCGUGGUUUCAUCAUCUGUGUAUUGGCCAUUCUACGGCACGCUCACAACGGUCUUCGACGCGCAAUUCCAAAGUAUAUAGGCGCCCAAGGAGGAGCAAGUACAGGUAAGGCGGCUCUUCUAAGUUUCACUACAAUAUGGUUCAUCAAGGCAAAUAUGGAUGAUAGGCAAGGGAGGGGGGUGAUGGAUGGUUUUUUCCAUGUAUGAGGGUGAGCACAUGUAUGAAUGGUUUCUCUGGAAUCUUUUCCUGCUUUUGGUACCUCCCCGUGUUGGGGCUGGAUUUCUUCUUCUCUUUCCUCACUCGACGGAGCUCCAAGCGUGUUCUAAGACGAAGGCGAUAUGGGACAUGAGCGG